AUGCAUAGUAGCUUGGAUGAGCGACCUCUUCACUGUGAGGAGUGCGGUCGAGGUUUCAAUACCCACACCGCGUUAGAGAUGCACUUUUCGUCACAUGAUGAACCUCGGUCUCUGGUUUGCGAUGAUUGUGGAUUUUCUACGUCAAAUGCGGAUCAUAUGACAUCUCAUCGAAGGCAGCAUACAGGAGAUAUGUUCUAUUGCCACAUAGAUAACUGUGACUAUUCCUCACCAAAGAAAAGUCAAUUGGCUGCACAUUUGAGGACGCACAUGGCUGUUCGAGCGCACAUGUGUAAAAUUUGUGGCCGAGGCUUUAUUGAAAAAUCGCAUUUGGUUCGCCAUGAACGGAUUCAUCUCGAAGACAAACCUUUUAAAUGUGACGCUUGUGAUUAUGCUUCCAGUCGUCGUGACAAAUUGAAGGAGCAUAUCCUCAAGCACCACAAUGGGACCAUGGUGAACAAGUCACAGAGGCGUCGAUAUCGAAGGGCAAAGCAACUGGCUGCGCUUACUGCUCAACUGCCGGAUCGAACCGCUCCUCCCGAAGCAAUGUUCCGUCCGAUUCCUGCUAGCGAAUCUGUAUCGCAAUGGGCAGAAUCGCAGUCGUUCCAGAAUGAGGAGCAGUAUCCCAACCAGCAAGCUCAGCGAUUAAACGCAACUCUUGCUGGACAACCGGGGACAUCGCAAUCCAUCCCGGACUUCUCACCACUACCUCGUGCUUUCUCCGUGGCAAAUCCUGCAGCGCCGCCGCUUGCAGGACCAAUGUCGCCUGGAUCAAUGUCGCUGAUGAACGUCCACUUGGGAGGCGCAGAUUCACCACUGAUCGAGAAAAACAAUAUCAAUUGUAUCACCAGCACUCCGUCAUUGGUCACGCCAGUUCCUGUGCCAAGGCUCGUUUCCUCUUUCUCAUCCAUUUAUAGAAUUUGA